UGCGAAAGCUGCCCAAAACAGCGCCGCCAGGGCAGCAUCUCUCGAAAACAGCACCCAUGUGGCCCCGGGCAGCCUUUCUGCUAGCCACCGUGCUAGCCGAGCAGCGCUACGACAACCCAGAAAGAAAACCUUGUCUUGCGGAAAUCACGCACGACGGCGUCGCGCAUCCGAUCAGCGUGGACCCCGAUGCAAAUGAUGAUCUAGCGCGGGACGCCAUCGCCGAGUGGGCUUCAGUCACGUUUCCCGGUGCCGACGUCCAGCACAUAGCCGAGGCCGGCGUCGCCGCGACGCGAUCCUGUAGAACUUAUAGUCAUCCGGCGAACUGGGAUUUGAUGGUCGACGCGCGGUCCUUCGCGGCGUCGCGGUGCCCCUACGAGAUCCCCGUGGGCAAGGAGGGGAAUCCCCCCUGGAAGGUGCAAUUUGGGGUCGAGGCGUCCGACGCACGGCGGGACGCCUUGGCCGACGCCUUCGCCGCGGUUUUACCGCAUGCGUUGUUCGUGUCGCAAUGCGGCGAGACGGCUCUCGAAGCGGGGCAGAAGUGCCUCGCUGGACUGCUGAGGGACGACCUAUUGAUGCGACAGAAGUCGUGCGACAACAACCGGUGGCACUUCGUGCACGUCGCCAAGAGCGCGGGCACGACGAUGGCCCACGCGCUGGCCCACUCCAACGCGCCGGAGGUGUUUCCUCCCCGCUUGCAGGUGAUGUCGGUGACGAUGUACUCGCUCCCUCGAUUCGUCAGGGUCGUCUUUGUGGCCCGAGAUCCAUUACAAAGGCUGACCUCGGCGGCGCGGUACUGGCGCGACGGCGACGGGUAUAGAGCAUCGAGAAUAACAACAAAUACGGGACUGUGCUACGAUAAUCUAAGAGCACAUGCGUCCGUCGACGAAGCUUUUGUCAAGGCACCAUUCGCUCUUUCGACGACGUGCCUGAACUUCACGCGAGAAGACACGGUGGAAACGAAUCCUUUCUUACCCAUCCAGCGCUGGAUCAACCGCACGAAGUUCCUGGCCCAGCCCAAGCGCAUUGUCGGAUUGUGCUACGAUCGGCUGCAGAGCGACUGGGAGGCCUUCGCUAUUAAAAACCUGAGGGCGGCCUCAGUAGCCCCUCUGAAAAACCUGAACCCAUCGCCGAGGCACCCCUCGCCCGAGGACCUCGCGGGAGCGUCAAAGCUCGUCGCGUUCCACCUGUCCGAGUUUCCUGCUUCCGAAUACGCGUUGGCGUACCCGGGCGACCGCGCGAUCUUCGAGCGGGUGUGCGACUCGCUCGAGCUGCUGUGAGUGCCGCCUUGUCGCGGCGAUGGCGUGGCCGUGUGUGCAACUCGCUCGAGCUGCUGUGAGAAG